AUGGCAGCCACUGUAAAACGUUUGGCAAAAAAGAUCGUCAGUGCCCCCGAGGAGGCGCCACCCACUGUCUCUUCAGGAGAUUGGAUCAAGUCCCAGUUGGAGGGUGAAACGCCAAAGACUGCUGUCGUCCAUUACCUCAAGUCGUUGUUCCCCGUCAUCCAGUGGGCUCCAAACUACAAUAUUGGAUGGCUGUAUGGUGAUGUUGUGGCCGGUUUGACUGUUGGUCUUGUCCUCAUCCCGCAAUCAAUGUCUUAUGCAAGGCUCGCCACUUUGCCAACUGAAUAUGGUCUCUACGCGUCCUUUGUCGGUGUCUUCAUCUACUGUUUCUUCGCCACCUCCAAGGAUGUCUCCAUUGGUCCCGUCGCCGUCAUGUCCCUCGAAGUCGCCAACAUUAUCAAAUGGGGCAACGUCCAGAUUGCCGUUACGCUCUCCUUUAUUUGUGGCUUCAUCGUCCUCGGCAUUGGUCUUUUGCGCAUCGGUUGGAUCGUCGAAUUCAUUCCCACCCCGGCAGUCGCUGGCUUCAUGACCGGCUCCGCCAUCACUAUCGUCUCUUCCCAGGUUCCCGGUCUCUUUGGUAUCCAAAACCUGUUAGAUACGAGGACGAGUGCAUACAAGGUCAUCAUCAACACCUUGAAGAACCUCGGCCACUCGAAAAAGGACGCUGCGUUUGGUGUAACUGGCCUCUUUGCGCUCUAUUUCAUCCGCUGGAUCUUUGACUACCUCGGCCGUCGCUACCCCAACCGGGCUCGCACAUUCUUCUACUUGAGUGUGAUGCGUAACGCGUUUGUCCUCAUCAUCCUCACUCUCGCUGCCUGGGGAGUUGUCCGCUACGAAAAGCCAGAUAAGAAGGGCAACUAUUCGAUCAGCAUCUUGAAGACGGUUCCGCGUGGUUUCAAGCAUAUUGGACAGCCAACAAUCGACGCAGAGCUCUUGAAAGGACUCGGCAGCCACCUCUUUGUUGCAACGCUCAUUCUUCUCCUCGAGCAUAUUGCCAUCUCCAAGUCGUUUGGUCGUAUCAACGGAUACAAGAUCAAUCCCAACCAAGAGUUGAUUGCCAUUGGUGUCACCAACACAAUCGGCACCCUCUUCGCCGCCUAUCCUGCCACGGGUUCCUUCUCUCGUUCGGCCCUCAAGUCCAAGUGCGGUGUUCGUACGCCAGCAGCCGGUUGGGUGACUGGACUCGUCGUCAUCGUCGCCCUCUACGGUCUCACCGACGCCUUCUUCUUCAUUCCAACUGCCGGUCUCAGCGCGAUCAUUGUCCACGCCGUCGCUGAUUUGGUGACGCCUCCCUCGCAAGUGUACCGCUUCUGGCUCAUCUCACCACUCGAGUUUUUGAUCUGGGCCGCCGCCGUCCUCGUCUCCAUUUUCUCCUCGAUUGAAAACGGUAUCUACACCUCGGUAGCUGCAUCUUUGGUCCUCCUCCUCAUCCGCGUCGCCCGUCCUGGCGGACAGUUCCUCGGAAAGGUCAAGGUUCAUGGCGACGACAAUUCGACGUCCCGCGACGUGUUCGUCCCGCUCGAGCCAAAGGGUGGUCUCCGCAACCCACACAUCAUCGUCGAGCCCGCUGCGCCUGGCGUGUUCAUCUUCCGCCUGGAGGAAAGCUUUACGUUCCCCAACUCGUCUUUGAUCAACUCUACUGUCGUCGACCACAUCAAAGAGCAUACUCGCCGCGGAAAGGAUGUCAGCUUGAUCCGCUUGAUUGAUCGUCCUUGGAAUGAUCCCGGACCACGUCGAGGUGCUGCCUUUGAUCCAAAAGCCCAAGAUACCUCGAAGCCACUUCUAAAGGCCGUCGUCUUGGACUUUGCUGCUGUUGGUAAUAUCGACACGACCGGUGUCCAAAACUUGAUCGACACGCGCAAGGAGCUCGAGAAUUGGGCGGAUGGACCUGUUGAAUUCCACUUUGCCAACAUCCUCUCGCCAUGGGUCCGCCGUGGUCUCGUUGCUGGUGGCUUUGGUACCGGCAAAGACGUCGACUUCCCCGCCGAAGUUGCCCCCGUUGUGCCCAACCAAUCGGGCGACUACGCUGAUCCGGACCACCAGACGCCUCAUUUACGCCACCGUGAGGAGUGGAUCUCAAAGACGGGCACGACCAAGACGGACAAAACCGAGGCAGACGUCGAAUCUGGUGAUAGCGAGUAUCGCAAGUCCAACAGUCCCUCUAGCUCGGUAGAAGGUCCACUUUUGAGCACUUUGACGCCCUUCUUCCAUGUCGAUCUCGCGUCUGCCGUGCGUGUUGCAGAGGCGCGCGCGAAGCGUUCAACUUAG